CUCCAACUCUCUCUCACUCACUCACAACUUUCACCCUACCACCCCCACCAACAACACAAACGCAACAAUGUCUUCUGGUGGCAAGUCUGGCGGCAAGGCUGGCGGCGAGACCAAGUCGUCCUCGCGCUCUUCCAAGGCCGGCCUCCAGUUCCCCGUGGGCCGUAUCCACCGUCUCCUCAAGAAGGGCAACUAUGCCCAGCGUGUCGGCUCCGGUGCCCCCGUCUACCUCGCCGCUGUCCUCGAGUACCUCGCCGCUGAGAUCCUCGAGCUCGCGGGCAACGCCGCGCGCGACAACAAGAAGUCGCGUAUCGUCCCACGCCACCUCCAGCUCGCCGUCCGCAACGACGAGGAGCUCAACAAGCUCCUCGGCAGCGUCGUCAUCUCGCAGGGCGGUGUCCUCCCCAACAUCCUCUCCGAGCUCCUUCCCCAGAAGACCACCAAGAAGGCCCCCAAGUCGCAGGAGGUCUAAGGGACGACCGACGAGGCUACACGUGUGCGCUCCCACGCCGCCCACCCUGUCUCUGCCUGUGAUACACGCGUACACUCCUCUGGACUUCCCGUCUUGAUCCCCCUCGUGACACCCCCCACUUCGCCUACCCCUCAUUUUUCGUUUUCGCUCUCACCUUUCAGUCGCCUGUAGCCUGUGAUGCACCCAUUUGGUGCCG